UUUUAUAUUUUAUAUUUUUAUAAAAUUAUUUGUUUCUACAUUAUUUGAAAUAAAAAAUAGAUAUAUAAUAAAACAGAUAUAAAUUCAAAUUUAUUGAAGUGAUGGAUUAAGUAUCUACAAAAAAAAACGUAUUCAAUUUGAUGUUCAUAUCUAUAAUUUCGAAUUCUUCUAAAAAUAACAGAUGGAAAAUUUGUAAAAUUAUCUUUAGAUAACUUUUAUAGUUCUUCAAGAUUCGUCUAUCCAUUUAUUAUUUUACAUUGCAUAAGAUCUUCACCAUAUUCCACUUCAUUAUUUUCUAUUACAGAUCAUUAAAAUUAUUUCUAGCAUAUUAAAUCUUUUCGUAUCCUUAUUAUAUACUUCGUAAUGUAGCCAUAAAAAUUUUACAAAUUUUUUAAUUAUUAUUAUAUCAAAAUUUCAUUAAUUCUAGAAAUUGUAUUUUAAAAUAAUAAAUUUCAGAAUAAGCAAUAGAAAACUUGAUACAUUCUAUGUAUUUCAAAAUCAUAUUUCAAAAGUUAAUAAUCAUAAUCUUGAAUCUACAUUAAAUGCAAUCUAUUAUUUGAAUAUCACUGUGAUUAUUAAAAAAAAAAAAAUACACUUAUGUAUCUUCAUUCACUAAUUUCUCCAUUAAUAUUAGACAUCACACAUCAUAUUUUAAAAUAACACUCCCCUUUUAAAAAAGGUUUAUGAAUUUUUUCAAAAAAUUUUAUCAUUCUGCAAAGAUAUUUAAUUUAGUUUCUAUUAUUCCGAUUGUCAUGGAGUGCGCACCACGUGCAACUACCGUUAAGGAACUGAAACGUAAACACAUAGAUUAACCAUCGUCAAUAGUCGUGGUAACGGAAUAUAUAUAUUGAUCGAUGCAUAUCAUUUGUACGACAUCGUACAUGUAUACCAUUCAGUCGUUUCUGUAACUUCGUUGAGGAAAGACGAUGGCGGACGACAUUGUCGCGAUUCAAAAGAAGUUUGGCAGUCUCAACGAGUAUAGCAUACAAGUGAAUAGAUGGCUCUCGAAAACGAUAGGAUUAUGGCCACUUCCAUCCUCCACAUCGAAAUUCGAAAAGAUAAUGACAAAGAUUCUAAUUCUUCUCUGUUGGAUCAUCUCGCUAUUCGUUACAACACUAAGUUUAUUACACUUCAUUCUCGUGAAAGAAGAUAUCAUAACAAAAUUAAAAAUGAUUGGCCCUAUAAGUUAUUGCAUUGGCGGAGGGCUUAAUUAUGCAGUAUUAUUGUUUCUUAAAGACGAUAUACGUUAUUGUAUAGAUCACAUAGAAACCGAUUGGAAUGCGAUCACAAGAACGCAGGAUCGGCAAGUAAUGCUUAAAAACGCAAAAAUUGGUCGCAUAAUUUCCGGUUGCAUCGCAGGUUUCAUGCAAGUUGACAGUAUUUGUUUCUGCACUGUCUUGGGUGUUUUCAAACAGACAAUCAAAGUCGGCAACGAAAGCAUAAGAGUAUACAUCUUACCCUAUCCAACUUAUAAAAUUCCGGUUGAUACUAAUCCAGGACACAUCAUUCUACUUGGUCUUCAAUUUCUGACAACAUGCAUUAUGAGUACUACCGUUGUUAUCGCUUUCAGUCUUGCUACAGUAUUUGCAUGCCACGCUGUUGGCCAGUUAACUAUAAUGGUUACUUGGAUCGAAGAAUUUGUAAAUCGGCCAUUAGAAGAAAAUAAGAAUAUGCGCAUUGAUGAAAUAAGUGUGAUCAUCGAACAUCAUUUAAGAAUUCUAAGUUUUCUAGGACGUAUUGAACAUCUAUUAAGUCCAAUAUGCUUCAUGGAAAUGUUCAAGAAUAUGUUGAGUAUAUGCAUGAUAAGCUAUUGCAUUCUUGCGGAAUGGUCUGGACGUGAUAUUAGAGCUCUCAGUACAUAUGCUUUUUGUGUAACGUGUAUAAUAUUGAACACAUUUUUAAUAUGUUAUAUCGGUGAAAUACUUUCUGAAAAGUGUAAGAAAAUUAGCGAUAUGAUUUACAUGACGAACUGGUAUCGAUUAUCUGAAAAAGAUAUUCUUAAUCUGAUAAUGAUAAUGAUACGAUCUGGAAUGGAAUACAAAAUGACUGCCGGAAAGAUCGUUAAUAUGUCGGUAAUUACAUUUGAUAAUAAAAACUAUUUUUACGUAUUUAAAUAUAUUAUUCCAAAUGACAAUGUUGUAAAGUGCACAUGUAUUGAGUAUAUAAAAAAAUAUGUAUUUAACAUAUUUAAUAAUAAACUUUGCUUAUGGCAACGGAAUAUAUGUAUCGAUCGACGUAUAUCAUCCAUACGACAGUGUGUACACCAUUCAGUCGUUUCUGUAACUUCGUCGAGGAAAGACGGAAUGGCGGACGAUAUUGCUGCGAUUCAGAAGAAGUUUGGCAGUCUAAACGAAUACAGCAUACAAUUGAAUAGAUGGUUCUCGAAAUCGAUAGGAUUAUGGCCACUUUCAUCUUCUUGCUCCAAAUUCGAAAAGAUAAUGACAAAGAUUCUAAUUUUCCUGUGUUGUAUCAUCGCGCUAUUCGUCACCACAUCAAGCUUGUUACAUUUUACUCUUGUGAAAGAGGAUAUCAUUUCGAAAUUAAAAACGCUCGGCCCUAUAGGCUACUGCUUUGGCGGAGGACUCAAUUAUGCCAUUUUGUUAUUUCGUAAAAAUGAUAUACGCUAUUGUAUAGAGCACAUGAAAGCGGAUUGGAAGGCAAUUACGAGGACAGGCGAUCAGCAAAUAAUGCUUAAAAAUGCAAAAAUUGGGCGCAUCAUUUCCUGUUGUUUCGCGGCUUUCAUGCAAACUAGUACUAUUACUUUUUGCACCGUAUUUGGAGUUUUCAAACGGACAAUUAAAAUCAGCAACCAAAGCAUGGAACUAUACGUCUUACCCUUUCCAACUUAUAAAAUUCCGGUUGAUGUUAAUCCAGGGCAUGAUAUCGUCCUUAGUUUUCAAUUUCUGGCAGGAUAUAUUGCAACAGGUACUGUUAUUAUCGCUUUCAGCUUUGCUACAGUGUUUGCAUGCCAUGCUGUUGGUCAGCUAACUAUAAUGAUUACGUGGAUCGAAGAAUUUGUAAAUAGGCCACAAGAAGAAAAUAAAAAUGUACGCGUUGAUGAAAUAAGUGUAAUCAUUGAACAUCAUUUGAGAAUUCUAAGUUUCCUAGAACGUACUGAACAUCUAUUGAGUCCAAUAUGCUUCAUGGAAAUGUUCAAGAAUAUUUUGAGUAUAUGCAUGCUUAGCUAUUGCAUUCUUGCGGAAUGGUCCGGACAUGAUAUUAGAGCCCUCAGUGCAUAUGCUUCUGCCGUAAUGAAUAUAAGUUUAGGAACAUUUUUAAUAUGCUAUGUUGGUGAAAUAUUAACUGAAAAAUGUAAGGAAAUUGGUAACUUGGUCUACAUGACAAACUGGUAUCGAUUGCCUAAAAAAGAUAUUCUCAAUCUAAUAAUGAUUAUUACACGAUGUAGUAUGGAAUACAAAAUGACUGCUGGAAAGAUAAUUGACAUGUCGGUGAUUACAUUUGAUAGUAAAAACUAUUUUUGCGUAUUUAAAUAUAUUACGCCAAAUGACAAUAUUGUAAAAUGCACAUGUAUUGCGCAUAUAAAAAAAUAUGUAUCGAACAUACAUUUAAAAAUAAACUUUGCAUAUUAAUUACAUUUCAAUGAUCUUGAAAUUAUAAGAAAUAUUUUUUUCCAUAAUGAUCAAAUAUAUGUUACAUUUCUCUUUUUUAAAA